AUGGAUAUGGUACCCGAAAUGGAACAGUUCGCAGGACGCUGGAAGCAAGUAAAACAGGAGAACUUCGAAGAUUAUCUCAAGGCUUCGGGUGUUAAUUUGUUGCUUCGCAAAGUUGCAUCCACCUCUAACCCAUCCAUUGAGUUCAAAAAAAACGAUGAUGGCUCAUGGACAUUCUAUUUCUAUUCGACUGUGAAAAACGGAAAAUUCCGUUUCCAAUUGGGAGAAGAAACUGAGGAGAUAACCCCUGAUGGAAGAAAGUUCAAGUCAACAAUCACAGUGGAGAACGGAAAGUUAAUUCAUAAACAAAAAGCUUAUACAUCCGGAACAAAGGAUUCCUACAUUGAACGAUGGGUCGACGGAGAAAAACUCUAUACAACUGCAGAGUGUGAUGGAGUGUUAUCGAAAUACGAGGAUGUUCGCGCGUAA